AGCAGGAGCGGCAUCCACUCUCAGCUUCCGACCUAUCUUCACUACUGCGUCCGCGCCCCCCGCCACCGGAUUUCUGUCACCUGUGAGAAUUUGAUCUCACAGUUAGUGCAAUUGAGAAGAUGAUCCUGCUCAAUGCUGUUUCUCAUGGCUUAGUCACUUAAUUUUAGAGUUUCUGGAGUGAGAGUGUUCAUAUUAGAGAAUAGAGCUAUGGGGGAGAGUGCGGGUUUUUCGUCGGGUUACAAGGAAUACGUCGCCGGUAUGCUGGCUGGAGUUGCCACUGUCAUUGUUGGUCAUCCAUUCGAUACUGUCAAGGUGAAGCUGCAAAAACAUAAUAUAGAAGCUAAUGGGAUUAAGUACAGGAGUGGUUUGCAUUGUACUAUAAGAAUAUUGAAGACGGAAGGAGUUAAAGGACUCUAUUCUGGCGCAACGUCGUCUUUUGUUGGAAUGGCCUUUGAAAGCUCACUUGCCUUUGGAAUCUAUUCCCAGACAAAACAUGUUCUCCAGGGAAAACCAGAAAGUGGAAAGCCACAGCUUCUUGCCAUACUUCCUUCAGGAGCUUUUGCUGGAGGUAUUAUUAGCUUUAUACUAUGCCCAUCUGAGCUGGUAAAGUGUAGAAUGCAAGUGCAAGGUGCUGACUCUAUCCUUCAAAGUUCAAGUCGAUACAGCAGUCCUGUUGAUUGUGCCGUAAAAACUGUUAAAAGUGAAGGGCUUACAGGCCUUUUCCGCGGAGGAGGUGCCAUGUUUUUUAGAGAAUCUAUUGGAAAUGCUGUCUUCUUUAGCACUUAUGAGUAUGUGCGCUAUUACAUGCAUAAACCACUCAGAGAUGCCUCCUCUGAUCUAACCCAUGUGAUUGAUGUCGGAGUUGGGAUUGUUAGUGGCGGCCUUGGUGGGAUAGCCUGUUGGUCGGCUGUGCUGCCAUUAGAUGUUGCAAAGACCAUAAUCCAAACUUCACCGGAGAAGAACCAUACAAGAAAUCCAGUCCAGAUUCUAAAAUUGAUUUAUAGGAGAUCCGGAAUCAGAGGAUGCUAUACGGGGCUUGGUCCUACAAUAGUUAGAGCAUUUCCCGCUAAUGCUUCUGCUAUUGUCACAUGGGAACUGGCUAUGAAAAUUCUGGGGAUCAAGCGUGAUUAACACCGGUGUGCUGUCGGAAGACAUAAUUGCUGAUUCUGUUUCUGGUCACUCCAAAAAAGAUGGUGAUACUUUUUAUCGGUACUCAGUUUGGUUCCUUCAAGAUUACUCCCAAUCUGGCACAAUAGUGUUGAAAUGAUCUGAUGAAAUAGACAUAAAUUAUGGUCCAGUCAUACUUCGCUUAUCAAUGAUUGGAGGUGGAUUUGAUGUAUUGGAUUGUUUUACUUACUUUGUAUAAUUUACAAUUUGUUUCUCUCAUCUGCUUUAUUUAUCCUUGAUAAGGAACUCAGUGAGCUCUUGAUUCAAGUCAUACACAAAUAUUUGAAGCUUACUUAAUGUCUAUGGAUAAGAACAUGUGCAGAUUGCAGCACAGGCUGUAUGGUUUUAUGAGCAUGGAAUUUCUGAUUUUUCAA